CCAAGUGAAUGGUGGCGCUUUGUUCGGCAUUUCGGUCUGCUCGCUUGGCUCCAGGAGACCCACUGGGCGCCCAGGCGCUCCCGGGGAGAAGCUCCCGCAGAAGAGACGCUGUAAUUGCGUCGUCCACUAACGGCGGGCGCCUUGUGGAGGGCAGUCCGCGUCCAGACUGCUCUGGGCUUCCCGCUGCCAUCCGCACGGCCUGCAGGACCCGCGCGGGCUGCGGCGGGAGUGAAACUACCGCGCCCGGCUCCGCCGCUGCCCCGGAGCGGGGCUCGCUCCGGUGUCGGCGCUCCCCUCCCCGGACUUUGCCGCUGCUGCUCGUCGGGGCGCAGGUGGUCCCUGCUGCCCAGCCCCUGCUGGCCUCUCUCUGUGCACAGCAGGUCAGCAUGGGGAGGUGCCUGGUGCCCCGUCUGCCUGCCCUCCCUGUGUGCCUCGCCGUGGUCCUGCUGCUCAGCCUCUGCUCAGCUGAGUUUGCUGUGGUCGGACCCCCCGAGCCCAUCCUGGCCAUGGUGGGUGAAGACGCAGACCUGUCCUGUCACCUGUCCCCGAAGAUGAGCGCUGAGGCCCUGCAGCUGAUGUGGGUGCAACCAGGCCGCAGGCAGGUAGUGCACGUGUACGCACACGGGCAGGAGGACACGCCGGCAGAGCAGUUUCGAGGGAGAACUUCGAUUAUAAGAGAGGACGUCACUGCGGGAAAGGCCGCUCUGCGGAUUCGCAGCGUCAGCGUCUCUGACAACGGAACCUACCUGUGUUAUUUCCGAGAUGGAGGCUUCUCUGCAAAAGCCCAGGUGGAGCUGCAGGUGGCAGCUCUGGGCUCUGAUCCCCACAUUGACAUGAAGGGCUACGAGGCUGGAGGGAUCCGUCUGGAGUGCACGUCUGCCGGCUGGUACCCGCAGCCCCAGAUCCAGUGGAGAGACGCCAGGGGACACAGCUUGCCCUCGGAGGCAGCAUCUGCGGCUGCAGACCCCCAGGGCCUUUAUGCAGCCUCAGCCUCUGUGAUCCUGGAAGGCGGCUCUGGGGAGGGAGUCUCCUGUGUCAUCAGAAACGCCCUGCUGGGCCAGGAGAGGUCAGCCAGGCUGUCCAUCCCAGGUGCCUUCUUCAGGGACACACAGCCUUGGACGGUGGUGCUCUCACUGACCCUGCUGUCUCUUGUGGGGCUCUUGUUGGGUGUGGGGUGCUUGCUGCACCGACAGCAGAAGAGGAUCCAGGCCCUGUCCCAGAAGAAGGAGAUAAAGCGGAAGCUGAGAAAGAAGCAGCGCGAGCUGAGAGAAAAGCAGCUGGAGCUGAGAGAGAAGCAGCGCGGGCAGAGCUGCAGCUGCAGGAAAGCGCCCAAGAGAUGCUGCAGGACCAGCUCGUCCCAGGGAGGCACCUGGCCCAGAGUGAGUCUGCUGCCCAGGGACAUGGAGCACAGCUCGACAGACAGCUGCGUGGACAGCACACUGGUGCUGCUGGAACACCAAGGCUUAUCCGUGGCGCCCUCUGAGGAUUCUGAGGCCAGUGUUGAGCUGCAGGUGGUGGUGUCCGCAGGGGGAGUAGCCACCCAGGAGCAGGCACUACAGACCCAGAUGCCUUCAAGGACCCGGUUCAGACUGGGGCGGCAGCCCCCUCCACGUCCUGGAGCAGGUCCUAGCGCAGCAGGAGUGUUGGAUCAAAGACGCAGAUGGAAGUCACUGGAAUCUCUUUGACGCAGUGGAAUCCACGUCCAUCAGAGGCACACCCACCGCUGACCGCCACUGAGGUCCCCGAGGUUGCUGUCACCUGUGCAUCCUGGGGAAAGGCCGCUCUUCCUCAUCAUCACCACUGUGACUGUUCCCGGUGUGCCCCCGGUACCCCGCCGUGGGUGGCAGUAACGGUCACCCUUCAGUGGAGCUGCUUCUGCAUCCAAGGCCGCACGGCUCACCCCCCGGGGUCUCCGUUGGCCUCCCCGCGGCGUUCUCACAGAGCCCUCGCCGCGCUGCUGUUGCUUUGCCACUGUGAUGACCCACCGCUCGCUUCCUGACCUGACACAGCCCACGACGGUCACCCUGCGUCUCUGUGGGUGGGAGCCCGCGUGGCUCUGGCUGAGCCGAAGCCAGGGUCUCGCUGGCCGGGUCCUCUCUGCAGGACCCAGGGACCGGUGUGGGUUGCUAACUCUGACGGCUGCCGGAGCUGCGCUCCCUGCGGUGGCGGGACCCAGGGCCCUUCUUGGUGCUGUCGGGAGAGCUGAGGCCACGCCAGGCUGGGAAGGUGAGGGGUCGUUCAGCAGGGACACGUGUGAGGGCACAAGUCAGGUGCAGGGAAGGACCUGGGGACAGUCCCAGCCUCGGAGUCACUGCUGGAGGGGCCGUGGCCCGUGAGCUGACGGCAGCAUCGAGGACCUUGACCGGCUGACCAGUGCAAGUGUUACAGAAUGGGGCGGGGGUGGGGGUG